UUGGCUUCAUACAUUACGUGUACUGAGCUGUAGCGAUAAAGAGCGGGAAGGUCGCGCCUGAAAAGCUCGUGUCUUGUUCGAAGUUCGGUCAUCGACACUUGUUAAACUAAUAAUGGCAGACGAAAAGUUAACUAUAGAAAGACACAUCUCUAACGGCGAACCUUCCCGUUCUGACCCGGAGGUGAGUAACGCCGGACCAGAAACAUGCCUGAAGAAGUUUAAACGGUUUGCCAUGGCGAAUUUACUUGUGAUCCUGACUGUGGCUGCUGUCAUCAUCGGCGUUUUUAUUGGACUCGGAGUGCGCCAGGCUAACCUCACCCAAACGCAGGUGAUGCAUUUCGGCUUUCCCGGAGAACUCCUGAUUCGCCUGCUGAAAAUGAUCAUCAUUCCCCUGGUGGUGUGUAGCCUCGUGUCCGGGGCUGCUAGCUUGGACCCUAAAGCUUUGGGGAAGCUCGGUGGCUGGGCCAUGCUGUUCUUUCUAGUGACCACACUCAUCUCAUCGGCAAUCGGCGUUAUCAUGGCGUUCAUCAUCCACCCUGGGACAUCACAGGGAGGCAACAUAAAGAUGAGUUACACUGACGAGGGAGUACCUGAAAGCAAGGAGGUGGUGGACUCGUUUUUAGAUUUAAUAAGAAACAUUUUCCCCUCCAACCUGGUGUCUGCUGCUUUUCAGUCGUAUGCUACUGGUUACAAGUUUGUGAAGUUGAACAAUACCAACAUGACUUUGGAAAAGGUUCCAGUGGGUACAGAUGUGGAUGGUAUGAACAUUCUGGGCCUCAUCGUGUUUGCUAUGGCUUUUGGCGUGGCCUUGAGGAAAUUGGGAGCGGAAGGGGAGAUUCUGAUUAAGUUCUUUAACUCCUUCAACGAGGCUACCAUGGUGCUCGUGUCCUGGAUCAUGUGGUACGCCCCUCUGGGUAUCAUGUUCUUGGUGGCUGCCAAGAUCGUCGAGAUGGAGGAUGUAGGCUCACUGUUUGCCAGCUUGGGAAAGUAUAUCGCCUGCUGCGUGAUUGGUCAUGCGGUGCAUGGCCUGGUCGUCUUGCCACUAAUUUACUUUGUGAUCACUCGGAAGAACCCCUACACUUUUCUCAUGGGCCUGAUCACCGCUUUGGCGACCGCUUUCGGAACCUCGUCCAGUUCUGCAACACUACCUUUGAUGAUGAAGUGUGUCGAGGAGAACAACGGCGUAUCCAAGCAAAUCAGUCGCUUCAUCCUACCGAUCGGCGCCACCGUCAACAUGGACGGAGCCGCUUGCUUCCAGUGUGUGGCUGCUGUCUUUAUCGCACAGUUAAAUAACGUCUCGCUCAACUUUGUCCAAGUUAUCACCAUACUGGUGACUGCUACGGCAUCAAGUGUGGGUGCUGCGGGGAUCCCUGCUGGAGGUGUGCUGACGCUCGCCAUCAUCCUGGAGGCAGUGGGAUUGCCAACUAAUGACCUCUCUCUCAUCCUGGCUGUCGACUGGCUUGUAGAUCGCACCUGCACGGUCAUUAAUGUGGAAGGCGACGCCUUUGGAGCCGGGUUGCUGCAGUACUUUACCGAUCGUACCAGCAAGAAGGAGGUGAUGGAGCUGAGCGAGGUACACGCGACAGAUCCCCAGGAUCCACCGAGACCAGAGCAAUCUCCUCUACUCAAGAAACGUGCCGAAUUGGAAAACCCUAGUUCUCAUGGCUCGGAAAAAGAGUCUGAAAUGUAGACGAACACAUGGUUCGAUUCAUUCAUGCAU